GUGAGCGGUUACUCUCUGCCGACACUUCGCAACGAUCCCUCUUAGUGAUUGUCUCCACAACAUCAUAUACUCAAAUACCCGCAUAUAGUGAGAAUAUGGCGCGAGGAACAUUGUUUUUGCUUGCGUUUUGCGCCCUCGCCGCUGCAGCUAUGGUGAGCCGGGAACGGCGAGCUGUAAACACGGAAGAUCAGCAGGAGCCCAUAUCGACAACAACGCAGCGGCUUAUAUGUGAACCACAGACACCGUGUGCAUGGUCUAUUUACAAGCCUGGCCUGAAAUACUUGACACAAAACUUGACAAACUCUUACUGCGUGUGUAGUGCAGAUACGGUGUGUCAGGUUAACGAAGACGACACGUCUGUGAACGCGUACAUCCACCGGUGCCGGCCGCCACCAACCGAGGAGGAGGAGUACGAGUCCGACAGAUAGCGGGCGCACGCCGCGCUGGGAGCCUGCGGCCCCCGCACAGACCUGACUGACGUCGCUUCUUCAGUUCCUCAGCUAAUAUUAAUUCCGUUGCGAAUGAUACUAAAAACAUCAAAUAACAUGUUUCAAUUUUAAUGAUACGGGCUGGUCUGAUCCUGAACUAUUAUUUAUAUUUACUACGGCUCAUCUGAUCUGACGAUAUACAAAAAGGCAUUGACUGAUCUAUUACGGUGAUGAUUUAAUUUAACAUACGACUAGAUUUGUUGAUAAUGAGAAAUAAUGCCUACUUCGUCAAUCAAUUCUAAUAGCAAAAUAUAGUUUUAAAUUGGUAUUAUUCAUUGAAUCCGCCUUUUAGAAAUCAUUUAAUUUUAUAAGUUAUUUAUAGUUCAUAAUUCAUUAAUUUAAUAUUAUCACAUCGCUAGAGUACUUAUUAGAUUUUAUCCGAAUAUAUAUAUAUGUAUAAUUUUAUCCGACAUUUUUAUUGCUGAUCAAUAAUGAAUAAGCGCGUCGUUUUGAAGUUCCUAUUUUUUAUAUAAUUUUUUUCUAACAAUUUUAUAUAAUGAUAUGUCUUAGUUAUAAGUGAAGCUAGAUUUAUUAUAGUGUUUAAUCACUUUGACAUAAUAAAACCGUAUUACUAGAUGAAUUAAUUAGACUCAUUCUGUAAAAUUGAAUGUUGGACAAAAUAAAUGCUAAUUGAAUGUUGUA